AUGUACCUUACUACAACAACCGGCCCUAGUAUCUCUACAACAACAGAAACCACAACGCCAUCAGUCCACAGUACAGAUUCGACAACAGCACAAGUCACAACUUCGAGUAGUAGAACAACUGGCACUAGUAUCUCUGAAACAAUAGGACCUACAGCGACUUCAGUCCAUAGUACAGAUACAACAGCGGCACUAGUAGCAACUUCGACUGUAGCUUCCACACAAACAUCACCUUCAACAAGUACUUCUGAUGUAACUCCCAGUGCUACAACAACUGGUCCUAGUAUCUCUACUACAACAGAAACUACAACGCUGUCAGUCCACAGUACAGGUUCGACAACAGCACAAGUGACAACUUCGAGUAGUAGAACAACUGGCACUAGUAUCUCUGAAACAAUAGGAACUACAGCGGCUUCAGUCCAUAGUACAGAUACAACAACGGCACCAGUAACAACUUCGACUGUAGCUUCCACACAAACAUCAUCUUCAACAAGUACUUCUGAUGUAACUCCCAGUGCUACAACAACUGGUCCUGGUAUCCAUUUAACAACAGAAACUACAACGCCGUCAGUCCACACUACAGAUACAACAACAGGAGCAUUACCAACUUCGAGUGUAGCAUCCACACAAUCACCACCUUCAACAAGUACUUCUGAUUGCUACAACAACUGGUCCUGGUAUCCAUUUAACAACAGAAACUACAACGCCGUCAGUCCACACUACAGAUACAACAACAGGAGCAUUACCAACUUCGAGUGUAGCAUCCACACAAUCACCACCUUCAACAAUGCUACAACAACCGGCCCUAGUAUCUCUACAACAACAGAAACCACAACGCCAUCAGUCCACAGUACAGAUUCGACAACAGCACAAGUGACAACUUCGAGUAGUAGAACAACUGGCACUAGUAUCUCUGAAACAAUAGGACCUACAGCGGCUUCAGUCCAUAGUACAGAUACAACAGCGGCACCAAGUGUGGCAUCCACACAAUCACCACCCUCUACAAGUACUUCUGAUGUAACUUGCUUUAACAACUGGUCCUGGUAUCCAUUUAACAACAGAAACUACAACGCCGUCAGUCCACACUACAGAUACAACAGGAGCAUUACCAACUUCGAGUGUAGCAUCCACACAAUCACCACCUUUAACAAUGCUACAACAACUGGUCCUGGUAUCCAUUUAACAACAGAAACUACAACGCCGUCAGUCCACACUACAGAUACAACAACAGGAGCAUUACCAACUUCGAGUGUAGCAUCCACACAAUCACCACCUUUAACAAAAACUACAACGCCGUCAGUCCACACUACAGAUACAACAACAGGAGCAUUACCAACUUCGAGUGUAGCAUCCACACAAUCACCACCUUUAACAAGUACUUCUCAUGUAACUCCCAGUGCUACAACAACCGGCCAUAGUAUCUCUACAACAACAGAAACUACAACGCUUUCAGCCCACAUGCUACAACAACCGGCCCUAGUAUCUCUACAACAACAGAAACCACAACGCCAUCAGUCCACGGUACAGAUUCGACAACAGCACAAUGCUACAACAACCGGCCCUAGUAUCUCUACAACAACAGAAACCACAACGCCAUCAGUCCACAGUACAGAUUCGACAACAGCACAAGUGACAACUUCGAGUAGUAGAACAACUGGCACUAGUAUCUCUGAAACAAUAGGAACUACAGCGGCUUUAGUCCAUCGUACAGAUACAACAGCAGCACCAGUAGCAACUUCGACUUGUUACAACAACUGGUCCUGGUCCAAUCUCUAUAACCAGAGAAACUACAACGCCGUUAGUCCACAGUACAGAUACAACAACGGCACCAGUAGCAACUUCGAGUAUGGCAUCCACACAAUCACCACCUUCAAGAAUUACUUCUCAUCACCUUCAACAAUUACUUCUCAUGUAACUGCCAGUGCUACAACAACCGGCCCUAGUAUCUCUACAACAGAAACCACAACGCCAUCAGUGCACAGUACAGAUUCGACAACAGCACAAGUGGCAACUUCGAGUAGUAGAACAACUGGCACUAGUAUCUCUGAAACAAUAGGACCUACAGCGGCUUCAGUCCAUAGUACAGAUACAACAGCGGCCGCAGUAACAACUUCGACUGUAGCUUCCACACAAACAUCACCUUCAACAAGUACUUCUGAUGUAACUCCCAGUGCUACAACAACCGACCUUAGUAUCUCUACAACCACAGAAAGACCUACAGCGGCUUCAGUCCAUAGUACAGAUACAACAGCGGCACCAGUAGCAACUUCGAGUGUAGCUUCCACACAAACAUCACCUUCAACAAGUACUUCUGAUGUAACUCCCAGUGCUACAACAACCGGCCAUACUAUCUCUACAACCACAGAAAGUACAACGCUUUCAGUCCACAGUACAGAUACAACAACAGCACCAGUAGCAACUUGUUACAACAACUGGUCCUGGUCCAAUCUCUAUAACCAGAGAAACUACAACGCCGUUAGUCCACAGUACAGAUACAACAACGGCACCAGUAGCAACUUCGAGUAUGGCAUCCACACAAUCACCACCUUCAAGAAUUACUUCUCAUGUAACUCCCAGUGCUACAACAACCGGCCCUAG